AUGAGGGGUGUCCAGAUUUUCUCCGGCAAUUCGCAUCCGCUUCUCACUGAGACUGUCUGCGAAAGGCUCGGUACUUCGCCGGCCAAGGUAGACCUUGGAAAAUUCAGCAAUGGCGAGACCAACGUGAAUGUUGGUGUCUCGGUGCGAAACCAAGAUGUCUACAUCAUCCAGAGUGGCAGCGAGAAGAUCAAUGACAGCGUCAUGGAGCUGCUAAUCAUGAUCUCAGCCUGCAAGGGCGGCUCUGCAAAGUCUAUCACAGUUGCUGGAGUUGACCAUGUGAUCACCUUGGAUCUCCAUGCAUCGCAGAUGCAAGGCUUCUUCGCUAAACCCGUCGACAACCUCUUCGCCGAACCUUUCAUUGCACGCUGGAUUCGUAACAAUGUUCAUGGGUGGAGAGAGGCUGUCGUCGUGAGCAAGAACGCCGGAGGCACAAAGCGUGUAACAUCGCUGGCAGACACGCUCAAGCUCAAUUUCGGUAUCGUCACAACAGACCGACGUCGCCAAAAGCCGGGACCGACGCUGGCUGAUAGCACGGUGUUCUUUGAGGCUUUGGAUCACGAGCCUACACCACUGCCCAAAGACCAAGACCCGUUUGUCACCUCACAACCAGAGGAAACGCAGGCUCUGGACUUCAAUGACAUCCCAUCGUUGCGUCCCGAAACACCGUCGGGUGCUCGGCGUCCUUCGGAGUUGGAAGCCGUAAAUGAGUACACAGAUGUUCGCGUGCGCGAUGUGGUCACCGGGCGGUUGGUACAAGGCCACCUGGUUGACGAUGAUUAUCCGCCAUCUGGUCCUACCUCCAUGCCUGCAUCCGGUGACGCAACUCCUGGACAACCAUCCUACCAGGAUAGCGAAGCCAUCCCUGAUUCAAUGGCAGCCUCUGUCAUCUCGACCACAUCAUCUCUUCCAGGCGAUCACGCUUUAGGCGGAUCAUUCGAUGCUGCUGACUCUUCUGACGACGAAGAAGGAAGCAUUGGGCGGAGCGUCGAACAAGAGAAGACCAUCACUCUGGUCGGAGACGUCCGAGAUAGGACCGUCUUCCUUGUUGACGACAUGAUCGACAAGUCCGGAUCAUGGAUCGCGGCCGCAGAAACUGUAGUGAAGCGCGGCGGAGCCAAGAAGGUCUACUGCAUUGCCACUCACGGGCUCUUCGGAGACUCAUCCCUUGAACAAAUGGAGGCUUGCGAGUCUAUCAAUUACAUUGUCGUCACUAACACCUUCCCCAUAUCACCGCAAGUGGCGAGAAAGUCUAAGAAACUGAUCGUCAUUGACAUUUCAAGCCUCCUAUCGGAGAGCAUAAGACGCCAUCACUAUGGUGAAAGUGUUUCCGCGUUGUUCCAUCUCAAUGACUGA